AUGGACAACGCCGAAACAAGUGGAGACAUCGGCAGCGGUGAUGUGGCCAGCACGGAAAGAGACCGUGGACACGACGCUGCCUCCCUGCAUUCCACCACAACUGCAGGAUCCAGUCUUUCCUCAACUAGCAAAGCUGCUAUCAAGGCCCGCGCUAAACUCGAAGCUGCGCGCGCACGCGCUUCCUACGGACGCCGAGAAGCAGAACUGAAGGCUAAAGAAGCCAGAAUAGCAGCCGAGUUAUCAACACUGCAGGAUGAGAAGGAGGUAGCAGCAGCAUUAGCUGAAACCCAAUUCCUCGAAGAAGCAGCUGAGCUUGAGAGCCGUGAAGGAAGUAGAAUGAGCCACUUUGGAUUGGCUAGCAAUAGCAACCAACGCACACACGACUAUGUUGAACAACACACAAAGCGACAAUCUAGCUAUGGAGAGCCCCCUGUACUAGAAACAUAUACUCCCCAAGCUCCUCAACUGUCAGCUGCAGCUCAACUACCCAAAGAGUUGACAAUUACUGCUCCUACACAACAAACUGGGAGGCCUACAUCAGCUGCUACACAGCAACACACAAGGUCGGUGCCUGCAGUACAUCGACAGUUCCCUGACACGGUCCCACCUCGUCAGUUCUCGCCUGUCCAGUCAUAUUAUCCCCCUCUCAGAACCCCGCUGCAGUCAAAUCCAAAAGACAUGACUGCUAUGAGUGACAUUGCAAGAUAUUUUGUGCGCCGGGAGCUUGUGAGUUCCGGUCUCACCCAGUUCAACGACCACCCGGAAAACUACUGGGCAUGGAAGUCCUCUUACAUCAACGCUACUGGAGAACUCAACUUAAAUGCCAGUGAGGAACUCAACCUAUUAACAAAGUGGCUAGGAAGAGAGUCCUCGGAGCAUGUCAAAAGGAUUCGCUCUGUCCAUGUCGCCAACCCUGCUGUAGGUCUGCAACUUGUCUGGGAACGCCUAGAAGAGUGCUACGACUCCCCGGAGGUGAUAGAGAGAUCCCUCUUCAAAAGACUUGAGGAUUUUCCGAAGCUGUCCAACAAAGAACCCACAAAACUAAGGGAACUUGGAGACCUGCUCUCAGAGUUAAACGCUGCUAAGUCUGAAGACUACCUGCAAGGGCUCUCAUACCUGGACACAGCCAGGGGUGUGAACCCCAUUGUAGAAAAGCUGCCACACGGUCUGCAAGAAAAAUGGUUGGCUAAGGGUUCUCAGUACAAGGAGCAGUACAAUGUUUCCUUUCCCCCUUUUGCCUACUUCACCGACUUCAUCUGCAGCGAAGCACGUAGAAGAAACGACCCCAGUUUUUCCCUCACUCUAACUCCGUUGAAAACAUCUAAUCAUCUCCCAAAGCACGAACAGUUUGAAAGAGGGGCAAGAUACGCUAAACGACAAGUAUCUACCCACAAGACAGAUGUCGAAGGAAACAACUCAACUUCUCAAAUGUUCAGUUCAAGUUACAAGCUCGACGAUGUCGGGAGACAGUGUCCCAUACAUCAGAAACCCCAUCCUCUGAACAAGUGCCGUGGUUUUCGAAGCAAACCACUUGAAGAGCGCAGAGCCUUUCUGAAAGACAAUGGGGUCUGCUUCAAGUGUUGCUCCUCCACGACCCACCUGGCGAGGAACUGUAAGACUGCUCUCAAGUGUAAUGAAUGUGAGAGCGACGACCAUGUAGCCGCACUUCAUCCUGGACCUCCACCGUGGGAUAAAGAGAACAAGGACCCCCCCUCACAGUAUGGCGGGGAGAGUGAAGAGAAAGCGCCUGGACCAGCAGUCACCUCGAAAUGUACAGAAGUCUGCGGCAAAGGGCAAAGCCUCCGGUCCUGUUCCAAGAUAUGCCUUGUUAAGGUUUAUCCCAAAACACACCCAGACAGAGCUACUAACGUCUACAUCCUCCUAGAUGACCAGAGCAACAGAUCCCUGGCGAGGUCUGAGUUCUUUGACCUCUUCCAAAUCGAAGGUUCAGACUCACCUUACACUCUCCGGACAUGUGCAGGAGUCUCCGAGACAUCCGGAAGGAGAGCCACUGGGUUCAUCGCAGAGUCUCUGGAUGGAAAAACCAGUGUGGUGCUUCCAACACUCAUAGAAUGUAACCACAUGCCAGACGACCGGUCCGAGAUCCCAACUCCCGAGGUCGCACGACACCACAACCACUUGAGGUCCAUCGCUCACAUGAUCCCACGUCUGGACCCUGAAGCCCAGAUACUAAUACUUCUUGGACGCGACGUCCUUCAGGUCCAUAAAGUCAGAGAGCAGCGUAACGGUCCUCAGAGUGCCCCCUUCGCCCAACGACUGGAUCUUGGCUGGGUUGUCGUAGGAGAUGUGUGUCUCGGGUCAGCCCACAAAGCGGCAGCUGUGACUUCCUACCGUACCAGUGUGCUUGAAAAUGGAAGACCAUCUCUCCUCACUCCAUGUCCCAACCAGCUUCAAGUCAAGGAAAGGUUCAGCUCCAAAGUACACAAUGCAACUUCUUCUAGCAGCCUUAAAUUCAACAUCCCUGUCCUCGAUGACAGCAACUUGGGCAACACGAUCUUCCAGAGCACUAAAGAUGAUGAUCAAGUAGGACUUUCCAUCGAGGACCGAAUGUUCCUGGAUUUCAUGGACAGAGAGAUGACAAUGGAUGACACCAACAGCUGGGUGGCACCGCUUCCAUUCAGAUCUCCUCGUCAAAGACUGCCAAACAAUAGACAACAAAAAAUCUUCGAUCGCAACCAUGCUGAGUUGGCACCGCCACUAGAGGAAGGAGGUGAGUGCUGGUACUUACCUAUUUUUGGUGUCUAUCAUCCCCAGAAGCCGGACAAGAUCAGGGUCGUCUUCGACUCCAGUGCUCAAGAUCAUGGCAUUUCCCUGAAUGACGUACUACUUACUGGGCCGGAUCUAAACAACAGUUUGCUUGGCGUGUUGCUGCGCUUCAGAAGAGAGACUGUUGCUGUAAUAGCAGACAUUGAACAAAUGUUCCACAGCUUUGUCGUUCGCAAAGACAACAGAGACUUUUUGCGCUUCUUGUGGUUCAAAGAAAACGACCCCGGCCAAGAGAUUGUGGAGUAUCGCAUGAAAGUCCAUAUAUUCGGUAACUCACCCUCCCCAGCAGUAGCCAUCUACGGGCUUCACCGUGCAGCAGAACAUGGAGCAGAGGAACAUGGAUUAGAUGCCAAACACUUUGUGGAACGCGACUUCUACGUCGAUGACGGGCUCACGUCGCUACCUUCAGCCACGGAAGCCAUCGACCUGCUGACAAGGACACAGGAGAUGUUGGCUGCUUCAAACCUGAGACUCCACAAGAUAGCAUCCAACUGCUCUAAUGUGCUAAAGGCCUUCUCUCAGGAAGAUCAUGCAGGAGGACUACAAAACUUGGAUUUCGACGACAACUCCACUCUCGUCCAACGCAGUUUGGGACUCAGCUGGGAGCUAAAGCAUGACAUCUUCACCUACAAAACAAUAGCCACAGAGAAACCCUACACACGUAGAGGUGCUCUAGCAGUAGUGAACAGCCUGUUCGACCCUCUCGGUCUUGUAGCUCCAGUCGUCAUUCAAGGGAAGUUUCUACUCCGAGAACUGACUUGCAACGAAGCCCUUGACUGGGACACCCCUCUACCGAAGACAAAGGAAGCUGAAUGGAAGAUGUGGAAAGAUUCAUUACAAGAUUUACAAGACAUUAGGAUACCUAGAGCGUACUCAACUACCACCUUGUCUACUGCACAGAAGAGAGAACUUCAUUUUUUCUGUGACGCUUCAGUAAAGGCUAUCGCUGCCGUUGGCUACCUCAAAGUAAUUGACAGCGAUGGAGGGUGCCACGUCGGUUUUGUCCUGGGAAAGGCGAAACUAGCACCUCCAUCCGCCCACACUAUUCCAAGACUGGAAUUGGGAGCUGCUGUACUCGCAGUGGAAAUGGCAGAGUUGGUACAGAGAGAGCUGGACAUUUGUAUUGACACAAUGCAUUUCUACACAGACAGCAGAGUCGUCCUGGGAUACAUCUACAACCAGACCAGGCGAUUCUACGUGUACGUCUGCAACAGGGUGCAGCGAAUCAGAAGGUCAACCAAACCAGAUCAGUGGCACUACGUCCACACAGCUCAAAACCCAGCAGAUCAUGCUUCACGAUCAGUUCCUGCAACGGAGCUAACAAACACUACAUGGUUCACAGGACCCACCUUUCUGUACCUGCCUGAUGAAGUUCCCAGCUCUGAAAUGGAACAUCACAAGCUCGUCGACCCAGACACUGACAGCGAGGUACGUUCCCAUGCUACAGCACUUUCCAUUCCUCACUCUAAGCUAGGAUCUCAUCGGUUUGGGCGAUUUUCCACAUGGAAGUCACUAGUACGGGCUAUCACUUCCAUAACCAACAUGCUGGAACGUAAAAGAGCACCAGUCACAACCGGCGAUAUCACUAAACCCGUUACAGCACAACUAUCAAAAGCAGAGACUAUCAUAAUUAGUUGUGUGCAAAAAGAGACUUACAGAACUGAGCUCGACUGCUUGGCUGCUGGGAAAAACAUUCCAAAAGACAGUCCCCUAAGAAAGCUGGACCCUUACAUGGAUGAAAAGGGACUUUUGAGGAUAGGAGGAAGGCUCAAGCAUGCCACACUGGACAUUGGAGAGCAGUUUCCUAUUAUCAUUCCAGCCCACAACCAAAUUGGGAAGCUCCUUGUGAGACACUACCACCAAAAGGUCAAACAUCAGGGUCGUGUCUUCACAGAAGGAUCCAUCCGUACAGCAGGAUACUGGAUUGUUGGUGCCAAACGGUGCAUCAACAGCAUUCUCCGCAAAUGUGUGGUUUGCAACAAACUUCGUGGAAGGACUGCUGAACAGAAAAUGGCGGAUCUUCCCCCUGACCGUCUGUGCACAGAACCACCUUUUACCUAUGUGGGACUUGAUGUGUUCGGUCCCUGGUCUGUCACCACGAGACGGACCCGUGGAGGUCAAGCUGAAAGCAAGAGGUGGGCAGUGCUCUUCACGUGCAUGAGCACGCGUGCCGUGCACAUAGAACUCAUCGAAUCAAUGGAAACAUCAAGUUUCAUCAACGCUUUACGUCGAUUAUUUGCACUGAGAGGACCCGCAAAGCAGAUUCGUUCCGACUGUGGGACAAACUUCAUUGGUGCCUGCAAGGAGUUGCACAUGGUCCUAACAGAUCCCAAAGAGCCCAAUGUCAGGAAGUAUUUGGGUGAGGAAGGGUGUACGUGGAUUUUCAACCCGCCUCAUUCCUCCCAUAUGGGAGGAGCCUGGGAACGCAUGAUUGGAGUCUCCAGAAGAAUUCUUGACUCCAUGCUUCAAGAAUCCAGCCGAUCACAUCUCACUCAUGAAGUGUUGUCUACGCUAAUGGCAGAAGUAACAGCGAUCAUUAAUGCCAGACCACUCACACCGAUCUCCUCAGACCCGGAAUCUCCUUUCCUUCUGACCCCUGCUUCGCUAUUGACGCAGAAGUUGUGCACUCUCCCUGCCCCUCCUGGAACGUUCGACAACAAGGAUCUCUACCGCCAGCAGUGGAGGAAGGUGCAGCAUCUCGCCAACACCUUUUGGCACAGAUGGAGGCGCGAAUACCUUCCCACACUUCAAAAUCGCAACAAGUGGCAAGAUGUCAAGCCUAAUCUGAAGGAGGGUGACCUUGUGUUGCUCAAAGACAAUCAAGCUAAGAGGAACGAGUGGCCCCUGGCUCUUGUCACAAAGACUUUCCCCGACCAGGACGGGAAGGUCAGGAAGAUAGAACUCAAGGUCACAAGAUCUGGAUCUGCAAAGACUUUUCUGAGGCCUGUCUCUGAGACAGUCCUUCUCUUGGCAGCUAAUGAUACAGACUAAGUUAAGUUAGGUUUCUGUAAUUUGUAUCAAUCAUGUUCCUACUGCAGUUCGAAAUAGUGGUAUAGUAUUUAUACCAGGCGGGGAGUGUGACGUAACAUUAUCAGGUAAUAAGAAGGGACUUUUAUUUUGAAGGCG